AUGGAAACAUCAGCUUCAGCAUCCUUUCACACCCUCGAAUCUCAAGAGCACAAUCGAGAACGCUUCCAUGUCAACGGAAGAGGGUCCUUAGAAAGCCAUAUUGUCACUCGGAACCUCUUUGGCAGUUCCAACAAGCUUAACUAUCCAACAACACAAGUCGAUGGCGCAAAUCCCAUGGGAUUGUCUCGAGGACCUUCGGUGUUGGCGGCGGCUGGUGCUAAGGUCACACAAGAUCACACAUCCUCCAGAUCAGGUUCAGUCAUCCUCGAGAAGCAGCCCGUACCCGAGAUAAAGAUGCCUGACAAAAAAUACACCCGCUUCCUGCGUAACCUACGGUGGACCAUUUUCUCCGUAUAUCGCCGCCUCAACACGCUUGCCGUAACUGCCAAUAUCAUAGUCAUCAUUGUUCUCGCUACACAGCAUAAACUCCUCUCCAUGUCACCGGAAUGGGCUGCGACUGCUGUGUCCAUCAAUCUGACUGUGGGGGUUCUGGUUCGACAAGAAUUGGUCAUCAAUGCGCUCUUCUGGACCUUUGGCCAAUGUCCCCAAUGGUUCCCACUGCGUUUGCGUCGAUUAGCAGCAAAGAUAUAUCACCUGGGCGGUCUACAUAGCGGUGCAGGAAUCUCAGCAGCUGUGUGGUUUGCCUUUUUCAACGUGUCGACCGUCAGAGCACUGCAAUCUGGAUCAUUGCGUCGACACCAGAACAGCAUUCCGAUCAUCACCGUCAUCCUUGAUGUGCUCUUGAUCUCCAUAAUCACUAUGGCCCAUCCCGGCAUACGCGCGAGAAUGCAUAACCAGUUUGAGCUAGUUCAUCGCUUUGCCGGCUGGACGGCUGUGGGAUUGUUUUGGGCCGAAUUCGGUCUCUUGACAGACGCAAGAGUCCACGAUAGCUCUUACAACGUCCCUGCGCAACAACUUGUCUUCGAAAGCCCCGUCUUUUGGACACUUGUGAUUGCCACCAUUUCGAUUGCAUUGCCGUGGGUAUGGCUACGAAAAGUCUCGGUGAAUGCAGAGCCAUUGUCAGAUCAUGCUAUACGUCUCCACUUUACAUAUACAAACUUGCCCCUCUGUGCUGCUCCACGACUAUCAGACAGUCCACUUCUCGAAUGGCAUGCGUUUGCUGGUAUUCCAGGAGAAGACGGACGCGGCUUCUCGGUCCUUGUAUCCAAGGCUGGCGACUGGACUUCUCGGUUGAUCAGAUCACCGCCGACGAAACUGUGGGUGCGUGGCAUCCCGACGAUGGGCGUGCUUCACGUGGCUCCAAUCUUCAAGAAGAUGGUUCUGGUCGCCACCGGCUCUGGAAUUGGUCCCAUCAUGUCGCUGCUACAUAAGAGGGAUAUCUCAUGUCGGAUACUUUGGUCUACCCCUGAUCCCGAGGUCACAUACUCGAAGCGCGUCAUCGACGUUGUUCGUCGUGCUGAUCCAGAAGCCAUCAUUAUCAACACCACCCUCUCUGGAAGGCCCAACCUCGUCAAACAGACUUACGAGCUGUUUGUUAUGUCCGGUGCGGAAGCGGUCUUCGUCAUAUCCAAUCCAAAAGUAACUAGGAGGGUGGUUUAUGACCUGGAGAGUCGGGGAGUUCCUAUUUUCGCUCCCAUAUUCGACUCAUAA